UUUUCAGUUACAUACUACCACGAGUUAGGCACUUGUGAGCUGCUCAAAGCAGUGCCGACUCAUCGCCGACAAGAUUUUUACCAAAACAUCUUUGUAGCUUUGUUACACAAGAUUUUUUGAAGUUUCUUUCAUUACUGACAACGUAGUUCUAAUUUUUUCCCCCUUCAACAUGAUUAUAACUCUGAAAAACUUGCAGCAACAGACGUUUACAGUGGAAAUUGAUCCAUCGCAAACGGUAAAGGAUCUGAAACAAAAGAUUGAAACCCAGAAAGGUUUCCCUGCAGAACAUCAAAAAUUAAUAUAUGCUGGAAAGAUAUUAACAGACGACCAUCCAUUAACAGAAUAUAAUAUAGAUGAGAAAAAAUUCAUAGUUGUUAUGGUAACAAAACUUAAAACUGGUAGUAAUCCUUCGCCAAUUGAAGAAGAACACACGGAAGGUGACAAUAAAGAAGAAAGUAGUACAACCAGCCCGGCGGCACCACCUAGUACAAAUCCUAUUGCUCAGAUUGCACCACAGCCUGCUAGUAAUGCACAAGAAGAAUUUGAAAUAAGUACUACUGCUGAGAAUGUCAGAGGUCAAGCCGAAAGUGCCUUGUUAAUGGGUGAAGAUUAUAAUACUAUGGUAAACAACAUUGUAGACAUGGGAUACGAACGCGAUCAAGUUGAACAAGCGCUAAGAGCUAGCUUCAACAAUCCCGAUAGAGCUGUUGAAUACCUUUUAACGGGUAUACCGGUUCAGCUGUUUGAAGAUCCACCAGAAGAUCCACCAGAGCUACAAGAAGCUCUUCAAGAUCAUGCUCACCAUCCGCUAGCAUUUCUAAGAAUGCAGCCUCAGUUUCAACAGAUGCGUCAAGUCAUUCAGCAAAAUCCUCAGCUCCUGAAUGCUGUGCUUCAGCAAAUUGGACACACUAAUCCUGCACUGUUACAACUCAUUUCACAAAAUCAAGAAGCAUUUGUUCGCAUGCUUAACGAACCUGUGGAAACAACAGGUGGCACAGGUGCAAGAACUACCCCCGUGUCUGCAUCGUCUAUUCCGUCGGCAGCUGCUCCUGGUGGUUUAACCGGUGGACCUGGUACAGGAAUAGGAGGAACUGGAGCUGGAGCUGGAGCUGGGGUUGGGGCUGGGGCUGGGGUUGGAGCUGGGGCUGGGGCAGGGGCUGAAGCAGGAGCACGUGUAGAAUCUGCAAUAAUUCAGGUAACACCGCAAGAUAAGGAAGCUAUUGAAAGAUUGAAAGCAUUAGGCUUUCCCGAACACUUAGUUGUACAAGCCUAUUUUGCUUGUGAAAAAAAUGAAAAUCUUGCUGCUAAUUUUCUGCUGUCACAAAGCCUCGAUGACUGAAGCAAUGCACUUCAUUAAUUUCAUAAUAACGAGUUAAAGGACUGAUAUAGGGUGGGUAAUUACACAGGCGCCACAUAUUAUUUUCGACUGGUCACCUUCGUUUUGUAUAUAAGUAUGCACACAUAUUUAUAUUAUUUCUAUUAAUUCUCUAACUAGAUGUAUCGGUAUUUUUGGUAAAUCAUACAAAUUUAAUAAAGUUACUUUCAUGACUGCUCAA